UCUUAUUGGAACUCUACUUGUAUUUUAUUGAAAAUAAUGUCUUGUUAGGGUGCACGGUGGCUUAGUGGUUAGCAUGUUUGCCUCCUGGGGUCAGGGGUUCGAUUCCCACUGUGACCGUGUGUGCAGAGUUUGCAUGUUCUCCCCGUGCUGUGGGGGUUUCCUCCGGGUGCUCUGGUUUCCUCCCCAAAGAUGGUAGGCUGAUUGGCAUGUCCAAAGUGUCCGUAGUGUGUGUAUGUGUUUGUGUGCCCUGUGAUGGAUUGGCACCCUGUCCAGGGUAUACCCUGCCUUGUGCCCCAUGCUCCCUGGGAUAGGCUCCAGAUUUCCCCGUGACCCUGAAAAGUUCUUGUUAUUGGAAAGUAAUUGGAAAUUACAGAGAGUGCUUUGGGAGUUUUGAAAUCCUAAAAUAUUCUCUUUACAAUUAGAGUCUUUUCUAUUUAUUUUUUUUAGAAGGUUAGGAUAUUUUAUCCUUAUUUUAUCCCAUUACUAAUCUCUCUCUGUCUCUCUUUCUCAUAUAAAUCUUAAGAAACCAUCCUGUAAACAUCUUAAUCUAUAUUGGUCAUUAAUGGUUAAUAAUUAAUGGAACACAAAGUUUGAAACAGUUCAUUUAUUUUCUUUAAAGCUGACAUAUACCGCACUGACAAUUAAAUAUUAGCACAAGGUGUGCUCUUUUCCCAGGUAUGGAUAUGGUUAUAAGGAUCCCAUUAAAAAUCCCGUAGAAGUGUUCCUACAGUAUAUUUAUGUCCUAUAAGACAAUUCAUAUAGGAAUCUCAUAGGAAUGCAAUUUACAAUGUACAACUUUCUUUAUUGGAAUCCUUUAUGAUUUAUUUAUUUUUAAAAAAAUAUUAUUUAUUUAUUUAUUUAUUUAUUUUUUACAAGGGCUGUCUGUUUUUCACGUUUCUGUUUCAGGUAGAGUUCAGUUAAGUCACAAUCCCUUUCCUCACUGUUUCUUACACAUCCAUGACACACCCAAGUGUUUUAUUGUUUCUUUCUUUCUUUCUUUCUUUUCCAUAGUAAUCUAUGUUCCAUAUAUUAUAAUCUGCUGGAGUCGGUUUGCUUAUAAAUGUGCUGUAAAAUGACACACAUGCGCGGUACAGAUCAAGAGGCGUGAUAAGGCAUAGUAAAAUGUGCGCAUGCGCCAUAGUGGCACGCAUGCGCGGUGAGAAUAAUCGCAGCCCCACUGACGGUCCCCGCAGCUGGAGGGAGGAGUCACUAGGUCGCUACUGUUGACUUCCUGGAUACUGAAGGCGUUUGGGGAGUUUUGUGAUGAAACGAGUGUUUGGAAACUGGGCAGGAUCGGUGCACAUCACUCUUACACUUGUGACAUUGCCGUUCACCGUUCGUGCAAGUGGAUUCUGUAAAUCCAUCAACACCAGAGCGUCAAGUGUCUGUACAUUAAGUUCUGUCUCCAUGUCGUCUGCAACACAUAUCAAGGCCCGUUGCACAGUUUACCCUGGCUCAGACAAACAGCGCUUCCCUGUUCCAGAUGAUAAAGUCAGCUGGGCGACUGUCUGGCCCGAGUACAGUCCUGUGAACUACACUGCACUGUCUGUGCUGAACAACCCAGCGUGGGCUGAUCCAGACAUCGGAUCUUUUUCUCCACGGUUUAACGCGCUUGAUGGGUCUGUGGAUAGGCAGAGUCAUGAAGGAGAUUACAUCAUACAGGAUGGUCGUCCACUUAAUCCAAGGGGAAGAACUGGCCUGAAUGGACGUGGCCUACUUGGUAGGUGGGGUCCUAACCAUGCUGCGGAUCCCAUAGUUACCAGGUGGAAGCGGGACUCUGCAGGCCAGCGUGUUUAUCAUGCUGUCUCGAAACAGCCCGUGUUGGAGUUUGUGUCCAUUAAGAGGAAAGACUGUGGAGAAUGGGCCAUCCCAGGGGGUAUGGUCGACCCAGGAGAGUUGCUGUCUCUGAGUCUACAGCGAGAAUUCUCAGAGGAAGCUUUGAACUCUCUCGAGGCUUCUCCACAAGAGCGCAAAAAGAUCUAUGAGCGGAUCUCGAAGCUGUUCAGUUCACCUGGUUUUCAGGUGUAUAAAGGUUAUGUAGAUGACCCAAGAAACACAGACAAUUCCUGGAUGGAAACAGUUGCUGUCAACUUUCAUGAUGAAACAGGUGACAGUGUAAGCGAGCUGCCUCUGCAAGCAGGCGACGAUGCCGCACAGGUGAGCUGGUUUGACGUCGAUUCGUCUCAGCCCCUGUUCGCCAGUCAUUCAGAUUUCCUCCAGGCAGUAGCAGAGGAAAGACACGCACACUGGUAACUGAAGGGAGAUGACGUGUGCCUUUGAAGAUACGAUCAAAAAAUAUAUGUAUGAACACAAUAAUGAUUGUAGAUUCUGUUUUACUAAAAUGGUGCAGACAUUCCAGCUUGAAGCCUGGCUUUUCAUCCCUACAGUUCCAUGUUCUUUUAAUACAAUACAGACUGAAACUGCAGAAAAAAAACGUUCAGGCAUUUCUGAAUGGUUUUAAACAUGUCCUGAUGGACACACACAGUCGGUAAUGGUGCUAGCUGAAGGCUGACGUCAGUGCAAUGACUCCAACAGCGGUUUCUGUAUGAAUUCAUUUAAUUUAUACUCACCGUGGAAAAACAAAUCCAAAGCACACCCCUGUAACCACUUGCAUGUACGUGGAAGGCUGGGUCAUCUACUAUUUAUUAUAUAUAGUAUGUGUGCACUUUAAUUAAAGACUUAAGGUAAAUUCUUUAAGACCUAUAAGGCUGAAGAUAAUGAGGCUGUUUUUCCUUAACUACAAAUAAUCACUCACCAUUGUGUCAUUGUUAUAAUAAAUACAUCUCGAAGUCUGACUAUUACUUAAAAUCAUAGUCUUUUUGUAUUUCCCCCCCCCCCCCCCCUUAUCUAAAUGAACUAAACUAAUUUGCUCUGUUUCAUCGAAGGUUUUUAAUUCCGGUAACGGCAGCCCCGUGCGCUGUACAUUUUUGCAUUUCCAGUGCUCUAAUACAGUGUGUGAAAGUUUGUGCACCCUUUAGAAUUUUUUACACUUCUGCAUAAAUACGACCUAACACA